AUGGGAAAGAAGAAAAAAAGAAAUGGAACACAAACGCAUCGGGAUCUUGGCUAUAUCACGAUCAGGAUGAGGAAAAAGGAUCAUAGAAUAAUUGGAAAUCCCAACAGAAACCAAUUUAUGCAAACAGAUAGGGUUAAAAGAAUCAGAACUCAUCACACAAACCCUACUUCCCCUAUAACCGAGAGUUUACCUGUUGUUAAUGGGAAGGUCCAGAGUAUAGUAGGCAGAGCUACACAUACCCAGUUCUAUCCAAAGACCUUUGAGACAAAGACAUUUACAAAAGAAAUUGAAGAUCCAAAUUUAACCUACAUGAACAACUUCAAGCUUUGUAUUAAGAACUUUGAUAUUUUAAAGGAUAAUAAAAAAAUUUCUAAGUAAGGCAAUCUUCCCAAUGAGAUAUGAAACAAGCAAAGCAAUGAUAGAGUACCGUAACUCUCAGGAUGCUCAGAUCAGGACAGUAGAUCCCCGAAAGAAGAAGCAGAAGCCUCAUCGGAGAUCCCAGAUAUUCAGUCAUAAAGACCACUUACUCAUUAACAAAGAAAUGAUAAAGAAAAAUAAGUUUAGUAACUCUGAGAAUUCACAUUCGAAGUCAAGCAAGCUGAGGCCUGCCAAAGCUGUGUUAAUUAAGCCAAAGCUGACUUUAAAGUCUAUUUUUAAAAGUACACAGAAGAGACUAAGACAGUUAGGAUUCAAACCAGGAAAAGAUAGAAAAGAGCAGAUUCUAACAGAAUAUUUUAAGAGUCUUCGCAAGAAAGAUCCAGAAAGAGUAAUGAGGUCAGAUACAGCCAAACAGACUCUUUGUAGAGAGAUCUCCCCUGCAAAUGAGAUCAAGAGAACAAGACAUCAUAUAAGCGUGUUCCCACCCAAAAACGAAGAGAUCCAGUCUAUGAGAGCAGUUUCUCCAGAGCAAGAGGAGAACAAAAACCAGUUUUAUUUUGAUAGGAUCCAUAAGCAGUUAAAAAAUACUCUAGAUGAAGCCACGCAUCUGGAGGAUUAUACUUAUCAUUUUGCAACCAGGAAUCUGAAAGACAACAAGAUAAGAUUCAAGUCAACAAAGAUAAAGUUUGAUGAGACAGAAAUUAAGGAUUUCUUAAACAUUGUCAAAAUGGGUAAAGAAAUGAUCCUUUAUAAAACACUAAUGAAGAAUCCAAAUCUAGUUCAUGUUUCAGACUCUAUGGGGAGAACUCCAGUCCACUGGGCAGUAAUUAGAGAAGAAACCGAAUGCUUGAGGAUAUUGUUACAUUUUAAACCUUCAGUAGAGAUCCGAGACCUUUUCAAUCAAAGUCCUCUUGACAUUGCAUUUGCUGGUACAAAUGAGAACAUCAAGCUGAUGCUUCAAAAUGCCCAAGAAGAGCUUAAGUUAGUCCCUGAAAGAAUCAGGAAGAAAUAUCUCAAUAAUGAUUUAAGUUCUUAUGCAGAAGAAAUUUUAUUUGCUUCUGUUAGUCAUAUCCAAAAACCUUAAAUUUCAACUCUUAAA